CUCCCCCCGCACGCACAUUGUCCGGGCGGCGGCGGCGGCACAGCGCCCCGGCGCCCCGUGCCAAUGCGGGGCGGGCGCGGCACGCCGGGGGCGCCUCCACCACCGCGGUGGAAACUUCCCCUCGCCGCCGGGCCGACGCGCGGCUGAAAGCCCCCGGCGGGGAGGAGCGGAGCGGGGAUUCGCCCGCCUGGGGUGGGGGGAGCGCCUCGUCUAGUUUGGUUUUUCCUCCAUUGGAAGGGAAAAAAAGCAAAUAAUACUGUUACCCGGCUUUAAACUUCCGCGCCCCGCUCUCCAGGACGCGCAUCCCGCCCGGCGGGGUGGACGAGCCGGUGCCUGCUGGGCUGCGGUACCCCCCAGGAGAGACCAGGUUCACGGCAGUGCCAGGCGUCGGCAGGCCGGGGGCGAGGCGCGGAGGGGGCGCGCAGGUGGCGGAGGCGCAGGUGGUGGUGCUCCUGGAAGUCCUGAGCUGGGGUCAGCUGGAAGAUGACUGAAUACAAGCUGGUGGUGGUGGGAGCAGGUGGUGUUGGGAAAAGUGCUUUGACGAUACAGCUCAUUCAGAACCAUUUUGUUGAUGAGUAUGACCCCACGAUAGAGGAUUCCUACAGAAAGCAAGUAGUCAUUGAUGGAGAGACCUGCUUGUUAGACAUCUUGGACACUGCAGGGCAAGAGGAGUACAGUGCCAUGAGAGACCAGUACAUGAGAACAGGGGAAGGAUUCCUGUGUGUCUUUGCCAUCAACAACACCAAGUCCUUUGAAGAUAUUCACCAGUACAGGGAGCAGAUCAAGAGGGUGAAAGACUCAGAUGAUGUUCCUAUGGUGCUGGUGGGGAAUAAAUGCGACCUACCAGCCCGGACAGUGGAGACUCGGCAAGCGCAGGACCUGGCCCGGAGUUACGGGAUCCCCUACAUAGAAACGUCUGCCAAAACCAGACAGGGCGUUGAGGAUGCCUUCUACACCUUGGUGCGGGAAAUCCGUCAGCAUAAACUGCGCAAGCUGAAUCCCCCAGAUGAGAGUGGCCCUGGCUGCAUGAACUGUAAAUGUGUGGUAUCAUGACUAUGCUGACUGGACCGUGUCUUGGAGAGGUUCCCACUGUGCAGUGCACAAGGACAGAGGUGAAGCAAAGGAAGAAGCAAACGGAUUCAGAGGAGGAAUAUGGGGGAGGGGGAGAGGAGGAGGAGGAAGAGGACAGGGUGAGCAUGAGCCCUCCAAGGACUAUCUCACACUUCACCCAAGCCUGCGGCAAACAACAUUUUUUCUUUUUUAUCCCCAUCCCCUCAUCCUUUGGCGUCCUCCCACCCCGGCAACUGUACAAAGCCACAGAUUGAAUCACAGUAAAUUAUUAUUUGAUGGUCUCGACAAAU